UGAAAACAUUUUGGUUCAAAUUAGUUUUCCUUCCUCCGAGGAGACACGUGACAGCCCUGUUCCGUGGUAACACGCAGCAGAUUUGAAGAGGAUGAGCUUGCAGGCCGAUCUCCAACCGGCGGGCGUCGCUGUUUCUCUCUGAUGAAAACAGCAGGACACCAGGCGGUGAUGAGUGCAUUCAUGAAAUCUUCCCGUAGGUGGUCGCGCCUAUUGAAUGUUUGACUACGAUAUUGAUUAGAAUACUGGUGCAUUAUGAGAAAAAAAUCAAACAAAAACUUGUUCAUCAUCAUUCUCUGCCUCUGCAUCCACCUCCGCGUCCCACCUCUUGCAUCCAAUUAUCGCAGAGGGCUGGACCCAUUGCCGGACGGAGACUCAUGAUAGGCUGCCUCAGCUGCCAAUCAACGCACCCCGUCCUGUAGCCUCCUGUUGGCGAAUACAGUCCCAACACCAGAAGUCAGAAAGUCAAAUUUCACCAGGAGGACUUCAGGAGAAAGGUACAUGCGUCCGGUGCAGUCCGAGCGCGCUCACCCUGGUUUUAUAAUAACGUAGAGUCAUUCAACUCAUUUGUUUUUCUAGGACGUUUCUUGUUCAUGUUGGUUUCUGGCAAAGGAAGAGGGUUAAUUGGAUUUUUGGGGGACUUGUUGGCUCCUUUCUCCGGGUGUUUUUUGCGCACCGUUCCAGGUUUGCGCACCUGAGUCUGCCGCCGUUUGCGCAGCGCCAACAAUGACUUCCAUGCCUCUGAGCGACUGAACCAUGCUGGUGACUUCGCCCGCCGGCGACAUGCUUGCUGUGGUGAACCUCGGCGAACGCGCUCACUGUGGAAUAACCCGCGGAGACGUCCAGGUGCCAUCGUCGGGCAGAGCCGAUGUGUCCGUUUGGAGGAGCGCACCCGCUCGUUUGACGCCCGCUGGGAUUUGACAGAGAGCGCGCGGCAGUGUGGGGGAUGCAAGAGAACCCAUAGAGAGAGAGAGAGAGAGAGAGAGACGAUCCCCCCGUAACUCUCACCUGGAUUCGAGUCGGGGCUGCCCGGAGCCAUGGCCUCGGAGGUGGUGUGCGGGCUGGUCUUCAGGUUACUGCUGCCGCUGUGUCUCGCAGCUGCUUGCCUGUUCAGGUACAAUGCCCUGUCCUUCGUCUACCUCAUCUACCUCCUGCUCAUUCCGCUCUUCGCCGAGCCCACGUGCACGUCGAUGCAGGGCCACACAGGGCGUCUGCUGCAGUCCCUCUGCCUCACCAGCAUGUCCUUCCUGCUGCUCCACAUCAUCUAUCAGAUUACCGUCAACAGCCUCCUGGCCGGGAACUCCAUCAGCUCCGACUUCAACUGUUCCGCGUGGGAGAAAUCCAUAAGACAAAUUGGCUUCGAGAGCGUGAUUGGCGCAGACGCGGGGAACGGCAUCCGCGUGUUCAUCCCGGACAUCGGCAUGUUCGUGGCCGGCCUGGCCAUCUGGCUGCUGUGCCGCAGUCUGGUCCAGAAGAGGCCGCCCGAGGAAAUGGCGCAGUACAACACGGACUUCGCAGCAGAGGAACAGGAGGAAGAGGAGAAGCUGAGCCUGGACGACAACAUCCUGCUGGAGGAGGACUUCGAGGCCGGGUACGAGGCGGAGGAGGACGAGGACGAGGACGACGAGGAGCUGGAGGGGGAGGAGGAGGAGGAGGAGGAGGAGGAGGAAGAGGAGGAGGAGAAGGAGAGCACAAAGAUGAAGGUCCUGAGAACAGUGCAGGAGGUCGCAUCCAAAGUGAAGGAGAUCAUCGGGAACCUGAUCACCACUGCGGGGAAGGUGGUGGUCACCAUCUUGUUGGGCAUCACUGGCGUCAUGCUGCCCUCGAUGACCUCGGCCGUGUACUUCUUCAUCUUCCUCUUCCUGUGCACCUGGUGGUCCCUGUGCCGCACCUUCGACACGCUCAUCUUCAGCUGCAUGUGCGUCCUGAUGGCCAUCUUCAGCGCCGGACACCUCAUCAUCCUCUACCUCUACCAGUUCCAGUUCUUCCAGGAGGCCAUCCCACCGGGCGACGGCUACAUCAGCGCGUUCGGCAUCUCCCCCAUCGUGCAGAGCAACUGCUCCUACACAUGGAAGCUCAUGGUGCACCCGGAGCGUAAGUGGUACCACUUUGUGAGUCCCAUCAUGCUGCUGAUCCUCUACUACACCCUGGCCACGCUCAUCCGCCUCUGGCUGCAGGAACCCAUCGAACAGCUGACGGACGACAAGGACGGCGACGUGUGCGAGGAGGAGGAUCUGGUCGGAAACAGGACGAGCAACUCGGCCAACAGGAAGAGGCAGCUGUGGUGGGGGUCGCGCCAGGGCACCGAUGAGAAAAACCUCCUCUCCAUGCAGGAUGGCAUCAGUACAACUGAGGCCGUGCCCACCUCAAACGGGACGUCCUUCGACUUUGUCACAGUCGAGAAUGGACCGGUCUGUCUGGACUUGUACUCCACCCCCCAGUACAAAAUGGACCAGCCCAAUGGAGAGAAAAAGGACGAGGGUGUGUACGAGGUGUGUCUGCCCCCGGAGGACCCGGCCUUCGACGGAGGAGAGGAGAAGUCCGAGGAAGGCGAGGACGGGAUCAAGCAGAGAGGAGUCGGUGCGAUGGUCAAAGUCUUCCACUUCGUCAUGAAACAGAGCUACAUCUGCGCUCUCAUAGCCAUGAUGGCGUGGAGCAUCACAUACGUCAGCUGGCUGACGUUCGUCUUCCUCAUGUGGUCGUGCAUGCUGUGGAUGGUGAGGGACCGCAGGCGCUACGCCAUGGUGUCGUCCCCCUUCAUGGUCGCCUACGGCAACCUGCUGAUAGUCCUGCAGUACAUCUGGAGCUUCGAGGACAUGCCUGAAGUCCCAGGGUUCUUUGUCAAGAAGAGAAACCCCUUCCACUCACUUUCAUCCAAGGUUCUGUGUCUGCUGAGCUUCUGGCUGCUGCUGAGACAAACGCUCACAGAGCGCUGGGAGAAACAGAGGGAGGACAGCGCCGGACUCUCAGACGUUCAUGUGGUGGAUCAGGAGAAGAGGGAGGAGGAGGAGUCCGAGGAGCGCGGCGAGCAGGACAUCAUGCAGGUCCUGGGCAACAUGGUCAUGGCUCUGCUGGUCAAGUACUGGAUCUACAUCUGCGGCGGGAUGUUCUUCAUCGUCAGCUUCGAGGGAACCAUCGUCAUGUACAAGAUCAUCUACAUGAUGAUGUUCCUCUCGUGUGUGGCGCUUUACCAGGUGCACUACGAGUGGUGGCGAAGGAUCCUGAAGUACUUCUGGAUGUCGGUGGUGAUGUACACCAUGCUGGUCCUCACUCUGGUCUACACCUUCCAGUUCAAAGGCUCGGUGGAGUUCUGGUCCAACAUGUUGGGCAUGGACAAGCAGAGCUUGAAGGACCUGGGCCUGGAGCAGUUCACGGUGGCCAAGCUGUUCACCAGGAUUUUCAUCCCUACUUCCUUCCUGCUGGUGUGUAUUCUCCACCUGCACUACUUCCACGACCGCUUCCUCCAGCUCACGGACCUCCAGGCUGUGGUGGCCAAAGAGGAGAGCACGAUCUACAGGCUGGUGCACCUGGACAGCAGUCUGGCCGACCUCACCAUGCUCAGCGCCAACUCGGUGGACGCGGCGCUGCCCAGAGAGCGGGAGGAGCCGCAGCAGCAGCAGCCGCAGCAUCAGCAGCAGGAGGAGGAGGUGGAGGAGGAGGAGGAGGAGCAGGGCGGGUGGGAGACGGAGAAGAAGCAGGCCCUGGUGGUGGCGAUGGACGCCACCGACGCCACUGGCGAGAAGCCCGGGAGCCUCUCCGACCCGCGGCCGUCCAGCACGGACGAGAGCCACCAGUGCAGCACGGGGACCGAGCCGGAGCCGACCACGGAGCAGAGCUCAGAUCUGAAAAACAAGUGGCACCUGGUGGUCGACCGUCUGACUGUGCUCUUCCUCAAGUUCCUGGAGUAUUUCCACAAGCUGCAGCUGUUCAUCUGGUGGCUGCUGGAGAUCCACAUCAUCAAGAUCGUGUCCUGCUACAUCGUCCUGGUCUCCGUCAAAGAGGUGACUCUGUUCAACUAUGUCUUCCUGGCGUCUUGGGCCUUCGCCCUGCCCUACAGCCAGUAUCGGCCCCUCGCCUCCAGUGUCUGCACGGUGUGGACCUGCGUCGUCAUCGUUUGCAAAAUGUUGUACCAGCUGAAGUCCAUUCACCCGCCCUCCUACUCCAGGAACUGCUCUUUGUCAGGGAACUACUCAGUCGACCAGAAGACCGAGCUGCAGGAGUCUCUGCUCUACGAGGGACCUCUGGAUCCAACCAACUGGGUGGGCUUGGACAAGUCUGACGAUCUGCUGGGCUACCUCCGGAACAACCUGUUGAUGUUGGCCCUCUUGGCGUUCGAGGUGACCAUCUACCGCCACCAGGGAUACUUCAGACUGAGGAACAAGCUGUCGCCCCCCGCCGCCCGGAUCAUCUUCCACGACAUCACGCGGCAGCACCUGGACACCGGCAUCGUCAGCUUCAUCAAAUACUUCAUCAACUACUUCUUCUACAAGUUUGGACUCGAGACGUGCCUGCUGUUGGUGGUCAACGUCAUCGGGCAGCGUAUGGACUUCUACGCCAUGCUUCACGGCUUCGCCCUGAUAGCCGUCAUGUACAGGCGAAGGAGGAAGGCCAUCGCCGAGAUCUGGCCCAAGUACUGCUGCUUCCUGGCCUGCAUGCUCACCGUGCAGUACUUCGUCUGCAUCGGGAUCCCACCCGCGGCCUGCAAAGACUAUCCCUGGAGGUUUCCCAGCUCUUUCACAGACUCCAACGUGGUCAAGUGGCUCUACAUUCCAGAUUUCCGCAGCAGGCCCAAUUCGUCGUUCCUCGUCUACGACUUCAUGUUGCUGCUGUGCGCCUCCCUUCAGAGGCAGGUGUUCGACGACGAGAACAAGGCGGCGGUCCGCAUCAUGGCCGGAGACAACGUGGAGAUCUGCCGGGACCUGGACGCCGCCUCCUUCAGCGUCCACAACCCCGUCCCCGACUUCAUCCACAGCAGGUCGUACCUGGACAUGCUGAAGGUCAUCAUGUUCAGCUACCUGUUCUGGUUCGUCCUCACCAUCAUCUUCAUCACGGGCACCACGCGCAUCAGCGUCUUCUGCAUGGGAUACCUGGUCGCCUGCUUCUACUUCCUGCUCUUCGGCGGGGACCUGCUGCUGAAGCCGAUCAAGAAGAUCCUGCACUACUGGGACUUCCUGAUCGCCUACAACAUCUUCGUCAUCACCAUGAAGAACGUGCUAUCGAUCCUGGCGUGUGGCUACAUCAACACGCUGAUCGAGAAGCAGUGCUGGGCGAUCCAGCUGCUCAGUCUGGCCUGCACCAUCAACGGCUAUAACAUCAACACCGACCAGGAACAUCUGGCCCCCGAUCAGCGCUGUGAGCUGCCGAGCAACGAGGCCGGCAUCAUCUGGGACAGCAUCUGCUUCGCCUUCCUGCUGCUGCAGAGACGGGUUUUCAUGAGCUACUACUUCCUCCACGUGGUGGCGGACAUCAGGGCGUCGCAGAUCCUGGCGUGCAGAGGAGCUGAGCUCUUCCAGGCCACCAUAGUGAAGGCGGUGAGAGCCCGACUGGAGGAGGAGCGCAAAUCUGUGGAGCAGCUGAAAAGACAGAUGGAGCGCAUUAAAGUGAGGCAGCAAAAGUUUAAGAGGGGCAAGGAGAAGAUGCUUAGCAUGGCGCAGGAGUCCGGAGAAGGACAGAUGCUCGUCCAGCCCGAGGAGGAUGACGACGACGGAGCACAGCGAACGAAAACCAAGACCAAAAAAAAGCAGUGGUGGAGGCCGUGGGUUGACCAUGCGUCCAUGGUGAGAAGUGGAGACUAUUACUUGUUUGAAACCGACAGUGAGGAGGAAGAGGAAGAGGAGGAGAAAAAGGACGACGAGCCCCCGAAGAAGUCAGCGUUUCAGCGAGCUAUCGGGAAGUUUGUCUCUGCCGUGCUGGCUCUGCCCAGGUCUAUCAUUAAGCUGCCUAAAACCAUUCUGCAGUACGUAGCCAAGGCAGGCAAGUUCCUGUACCAUGCCUGGAUCACGGACCCCAAGGCUGCGCUGAGGGCCCGGGGCAAAGAGAAGCGCAAAUUUUGGAAGAAAUACACAAAGGGAGUCCGAAGCAGGAAAAGUAAGAAGGAUGCGGGUCACGUGACCAUAGAAGUUGGUGAGUCGUCUGAUGGACAAGAAAAGGGAGAGGAUAAAAAGUCUGCCGGUCCAGACAACAUCAUCAAGCGAGUGUUCAACAUCAUAAAGUUCACCUGGGUGCUCUUCCAGACGACGGUGGAGAGCUUCACCAGGUGGAUGAAUGACAUGUGCAGGGAGUACAUCGACAUCUCCACCGUGCUGCGGAUAGAGCGCUGCAUGCUGACGCGGGAGGUCAAAAAGGGCAACGUGCCUUCCAGAGAGAGCAUCCACGUCUACUACCAGAAGGCCAUGAGGCUCAACAUGUCCAGGCAGGCCAGCAUGGAUCAGCUCAGUGAGGACGAGUCGGCCUCCGGCUCCACCAGAAUGCGAAGGAGGCGCGGAGGCUACCCCAUGGAGAGCCAGGACUCGACGGCCUCCAGAGACAGCAUCUCCAGCGCCGUCACCGAGGCCACCACGCUGUUCUCCCGCCAGUCCACACUGGAGGACCUCGACGGGAUGCCGGAGUGCAUUCCCAAAACCAGCGAGCGGGCCAGGCCCAAGCUGCGUAAGAUGUACAACCUGGACGCGUCCAACUCGUCAAUGGACAGCGCCAGCAGCUUCAUAUCCAGUGAAGUGACCCAGUGCGUCACGCUCUACUCCAGACAAGGCACCACGGACACUAUAGAGGAAGUGGAGGACGAGCAGGACCAAGGGGAAGACAAGCAGCACGUUCCCUGGGAGUCCCAAGAGCUGGACGACAGUCCGCCGGAGGACGGCCCCUGGAGCGAACCGCCCAGGGGGAGAGACGGGGAGGACGGCGAGGGGCUGCGGGGCGAGGAGGCCGCGGAGGAGUUAGCGGAACCAACCAGCCAGGUGAGACGAGGAGCUCCCUGGGAGUCCUUCGGCGCAGACGAGGGCUCCUCCCUCAGGGCGGAGGAGGCAACGUGUGCCCCUUCUGUCCAGGACAGAGACUUCCACACUGAGAGCGAGGACGGAGGAGGGCAGCAGGACUUCAUGCCGACGGGGGGCCGAGGGGGGCUGCUCUACACCCCGGACACGGACGCCUCCAAGGCGUCCGACGCCGACGUGCCCCCCAGCUACAGCAAGGCGGUCAGCUUCGACCGCCUGGACGUCAGCGACGACGAGAGCGACAUGGAGCGGAAGCGGCGCAUGGUCAUGACCUCUGACAGCCACUCGGACAGCAGGUCGGACAUCGUGUUGCCCUCCAUGACCACCGAGCUGACGGCCAGCGAACUGCUGCUCAACAAGAUGUUUUAUGACGAGGAGCUGGAGCAGUCCGAUAAAUUCUACAAUGGCCAGCCGCUGAUCCUCCAGCUCUGCUACGCCCUCUACAACAUGCUGGUGGCCCACUCCGAGAUGGUGUGCUACCUGGUCAUCAUCAUCAACCACAUGGUGUCGGCGUCCUGCGCCACCCUGGUCCUGCCCAUCUCCAUCUUCCUCUGGGCCAUGCUGUCCGUGCCCCGGCCCAGCAAGCGCUACUGGAUGACCGCCAUCGUCUACACUGAGGCCACUAUCGUCAUCAAGUACUUCUUCCAGUUCGGCUUCUUCCCUUUCAACCAAAACAAGAUCGACAAGAACAAGCCGUACCACCCCCCCAACAUCAUCGGCGUGGAGAAGAAGGACGGUUACGUCCACUACGACCUGGUUCAGUUACUGGCUCUCUUCUUCCACAGGUCCAUCCUGAAGUGCCACGGGCUGUGGGACGAGGACGACCACCAGGACAAGAGAGAGCCUCCUCGUCAGAGCGAGUCCGAGGACGAGGGGCGAGACAGGGAGGAGAGCGAGAGGGAGCCGGAAGGCGCCUCCUCGCUGAUCAGCGAGAGGAUGGGCUCCACGAACACCUUGAGGUCCAUCAACUUCGGGACGUCCGUCGACUCGGGACACGUCCAGGUGCACCUCCCGCAGCAGCAGACCUACCAGCGCCGCAAGAGCUCCAGCGGCGGCUCGCACAUCUCUCACCGAUCCCUGCACUCCGCUGCGAGAUCAAAAAGAGGAAGCACCGCUUCUCACAACAGCAGCCGCAAGGACGGCAGCGAGGCCGGCGUCCACCAGAAGACCCGCAAGCAGAUGAUGAUGGAGAAGCUGAGGGAGCAGCUCUAUAAAGGAAAAGCUUUCAUCAUCAAGCGGUUCAUGGAGAUCUACAUUCCCAUCAGGCAGUUCUUCUAUAACCUCAUCCACCCCGAGUACAGCGCUGUCACCGACGUCUAUGUGCUGAUGUUCCUCGCCGACACCGUCGACUUCAUCAUCAUCGUGUUCGGAUUCUGGGCGUUUGGUAAACACUCGGCGGCAGACAUCACCUCGUCUCUGUCGGAGGAUCAGGUGCCGGGACCCUUCUUGGUCAUGGUGCUGAUCCAGUUCGGGACGAUGGUGGUGGACCGGGCCCUCUACCUCAGAAAGUCUGUGAUGGGCAAGGUCAUCUUUCAGGUCUUCCUGGUCUUUGGCAUCCACUUCUGGAUGUUCUUUAUCCUGCCAGGAGUCACUAUGAAGCGUUUCAGUGAGAACAUAGUCGCUCAGAUGUGGUAUUUCGUCAAGUGCAUCUACUUCGGGCUGUCGGCCUAUCAGAUCCGCUGCGGUUAUCCCACCCGCGUUCUGGGAAACUUCCUCACCAAGAGCUACAACUAUGUCAACCUCUUCCUGUUUCAGGGUUUCCGCCUGGUGCCGUUCCUGACGGAGCUGCGAGCCGUGAUGGACUGGGUGUGGACCGACACCUCCCUGUCUCUGUCCAGCUGGAUCUGCGUGGAGGACAUCUACGCUCACAUCUUCAUCCUCAAGUGCUGGAGGGAGUCCGAGAAGAGGUACCCUCAGCCCCGAGGCCAAAAGAAGAAGAAGGUGGUGAAGUACGGGAUGGGCGGCAUGAUCGUGAUGCUGCUCAUCUGCAUCGUCUGGUUCCCGCUGCUUUUCAUGUCGCUGGUCAAAUCCGUAGCCGGAGUCAUCAACAAGCCGCUGGAUGUCACGUUCGAGAUCACCCUGGCCGGCUUUCAGCCCAUCUUCACCAUGAGCGCUCAGCAAAAACAACUGCAGAAUAUGACGGCGGAGGAAUUUGCGAAAUUUACCAAGAAGUAUUUUGGUGACGACGGAGCCUUGCAGUGGCUGGAGAGCUACAUGCCAGACGACCUGAUCGUCGCUCAGCUGAAGGGCAGCUCCAACUCUCUGUGGACCAUCAGUCCGCCCAGCAGGAAGAACUUGAUCGAGAUGCUGGACUCCGCGGAAGAAUUCCCCAUCACCGUGACCUGGACCGUGCAGAGGAACCUCAGCCUCGGUGCCAAGGCUGAGACGGCGUCUGGAAAACGAGUGACGUCUCUGGACAAGAAGACGAGGCGGGAGCUCAUAGCGCUCCUCAAUGGGACGGACGGCGAAUCACACGUCAUCCUCACAAACAUCUUCCCUCGUUAUAUUCGAGCCCCCAGUGACUCAGAUGCCAAACCCGUCAUGCAGUUCUACAAAGAUGAAGUUAUGAUGGACAUAAAUUUGACCUUGAAGCGACCUAAGAGUGUCUCAAACCAGUCCCAGGAGUGGUGGAUCGUCAACCAGACGGAGCUCGGCCCGAUAGAAAAGAGGAGUCCCAAAAAUAUGUACGAAGCCGGUCUGGAGCUCUACGUGUUCAGCGACCAAGUCAGUCCGCCCAGUUUGGGUUUCCUGGCCGGAUACGGGAUCAUGGGCCUGUACGCCUCGGUCGUUCUGGUCAUCGGCAAGUUCGUGCGCGAGUUCUUCAGCGGCAUUUCCCACACCAUCAUGUUCGAGGAGCUGCCCAACGUGGACCGCAUCCUCAAGCUGUGCACCGACAUCUUCCUGGUGCGGGAGACGGGGGAGCUGGACCUGGAGGAGGACAUGUACGCCAAACUCAUCUUCCUCUACCGCUCGCCAGAGACUAUGAUCAAGUGGACCCGGGAGAAAACUCAGUGAUGGGGGGGGGCGGGGGGCGACGACGGGGGGACGGGGGGACGUUCAAUUAAUGAAGGCUUUCCUUUCGGUGAUGCUGGGCGGCGCGAGCCGCUGUCUCAGCCCGCGUGCCAGCUGAGGGAGCACGAAGCAGCCGAGGGCCGCGUCUGUCCCGCUCAACGCAGCUCUGAGGGCGGGGACGCAGCGUUGGCUCCACACAGAAACACUCUUUUGCGUUAUGAACUGGUAUUUUUUUACAACUCAACUGAAGAAAAACAGCAACAAAUUGCAGUCGUAUUCACCAAGAAUUGAGCACAAAAUUUGCCGGUGCUUUAUUUGUCUCGCAGAACCCGGCUUGGUUCGGAUGGAGAUGGACCAUUCCUUUUUUGGGGCACAAUUUUGCCCAAGUUAUGAAAAAGUCUUAUCCCUAAUAUAAAAGGUUAGAUUUAUAUAUAUAUUUAAAAAAGAGAAGAAAAAAACACCUCGCUGCUCCUCGCGCCUGCCGUCUUACAUUUUCACAAUAGCGCAGCGGGCGGAGAGAAGCGCGAGCUGGCUGCCACACUACACUUCAAGGGCUUCCCACCAUAAUGUAACGUGCACAAUAAUGACCACAUGAGCACAAUCUUGUAUUUUCCCCAACUGGAACACUUUGAUUGUGGGACUGUGCAGUACCGAGCUCUCAUCUCCCCCCACUUUUUUUUCCCCGUUUGUUUUUUUUCAAAACAUCCGAGGCCACGCGGGAACCUCCGCAGAGACGCGACACAGAAGGCGUCGGACAGUCUUUCCUCGCCGUAUUUUGUUUGUACGAGACGAACUGAAACUCUUAUGAACUCCAUAUCUUUCUCAGGAAGAGCUGUUUUCACAGAUAAUUGUACGUGUUCUAUGUCACAUCGUGUAGGCUUUGACGGCUUCGAAAAAAGAAUGCGAGGUCGGAGAAAAAGUCGAGAACUGUUUAAAUGGCAUGAAGCUUAAUGUGGACGGUGUUCAGAUGGCAGAGGACGCACAAGGGGACGCACAAGGGGACGCCGUGUGAGGCUGCGUCGAGACAGCACAUUUUUUUUCGCUGUGGACGCGUUUUUUCCCCCCCCCUCACACAGAAUGAGAUUAAUUGCCAAUCACCCAUGUUCCGGGUCAUCCGGCGGGUUUGGCUCGAGUCGAAACCAGCAGAGGGCUGUUUCUGAAUCAGGGUAACGUGCAUCAGGGAGUAGACUCUUGCACAUCACCUGUGAACCUCUGGCUGUUUUUAACAUUCACACUCACGAACACUGUGGCGCCCACAGCUGUGCAUUCAGUCAUCGGGGAAGAAAUGAUAAAAUGAUUAAAAGAAAAAAAAAAAGCGACUCCUCACGUGAAAGGGCUGAAACAUUGACGCCCUUUGGUCCAAUCUAUGCAUUAGAGGACACUGUAGCAUGAAAGAGAAACUUCAUUAUUAAUUUUCAUUAUGUGUACAUUCAAGUUUAAGGAGAAGGGGAGGAGGAGGAGGAAUGAAAUGUGAAAUUGUUACCUGUAUGUUAAGGCAAUGUGGUAUUAUAGAGGUCCAGAGGUCUGCGAAUAAAACAUCUGGAAAGGUUGA